CUGAAAGACUUCCUGUCGACCCCUUCCGCCCUCAGUGUGGCUGCAUGUUGCUGAGGAGAUGAAGAACGAGCCCGAGUCACGUGUCGAGCUGGACUCAAGCAGUGAAGAUGAAGGUGGGCUCCACUGUGGAGGUGAAGACCAACCAGGGUUCAUCCAGCGAGGCCAUCAUCAGCAAACUGACAGGCGCCAGUCUCUACACUGUGGGCAGCAGACGAGCCUGCUCACCUGACGGUGGGGACGGACGUCAGUGCUAAGUACAGAGGAGCCUUCUGCGAGGCCAAGAUCAAGACUGUGAAGCGCAUGGUGAAGGUCAAGGUGGGCUCCACUGUGGAGGUGAAGACCAACCAGGGUUCAUCCAGCGAGGCCAUCAUCAGCAAACUGACAGACGCCAGUCUCUACACUGUGGGCAGCAGACGAGCCUGCUCACCUGACGGUGGGGACGGACGUCAGUGCUAAGUACAGAGGAGCCUUCUGCGAGGCCAAGAUCAAGACUGUGAAGCGCAUGGUGAAGGUCAAGGUGACUCUCAAAGGGGACAGCACGUCCCAGGUGGUGCAGGACGACCAGGUGAAAGGAGCUCUGAGGGUGGGCUCCACUGUGGAGGUGAAGACCAACGAGGGUUUAUCCAGCGAGGCCAUCAUCAGCAAACUGACAGACGCCAGUCUCUACACUGUGGUGUUUGAUGACGGAGACGAGAAGACGCUGCGGCGGACGUCCCUGUGUCUGAAGGGAGAGAGACACUUUGCAGAGAGCGAGACUUUGGACCAGCUGCCUCUGACCAACCCGGAGCAUUUCGGGACUCCGGUCAUCAACAAGAAGUCGAACCGUGGUGGACGGCGCUCCUCACAAGCUGUUGCUGAUGAGGAGAACGAGCCUUCGUCCAGUGAGGAUGAGGAGGACGACAGGAGGAGGCUGAACGAUGAGCUGCUGGGGAAAGUCUGCAGCAUCGAGAAUGAGGAGGAGCCGAGCAGCUGGUACCUGGCCAUGGUGGUGUCUCCGAGCUGUAACGAUGAGCUCGUGGUGAAGAAGGAUCAGUGUCUGGUCCGAUCGUUCAAUGACUCCAAGUUCCACACAGUGGCUAGGAGACAUGUCCAUCCAGUCAACUCCAUCAGCAUCGCCAAGUCUGAGUUGUCCAACAGGAUAGGUCUAGAAGCAGCCCAGAUGUUCUUGAGGAGUAUGGAGGUUCCAGAUGUGUGGAAGAUGGACAUGAGUCAGAUCCUGGACUCGUCCUCCAGUGACGAUGAGGAUGAAGAAGAGAAGGAGAGCGAGGAGGACAACGACGAAGAUGAGAAGAAAAAGAAGAAGCACAUAAAAGAGGAGCCGGAGGAGGAGCCUGACCCGGAGGAGAGGGACCACUUCCUGCAGCAGCUCUACAAGUUCAUGGAGGACAGAGGAACUCCUAUCAACAAACCUCCUGUGUUGGGCUACAAGGACCUGAACCUCUUCAAGCUUUUCAGACUGGUCUUUCACCUGGGAGGCUGCCACAAGAUUGAGUCCGGGACGGUGUGGAAGCAGGUCUACAUGGAUCUGGGGAUCCCCAUCCUGAACUCUGCUGCAUCCUACAACGUGAAGACGGCCUACAGGAAGUACCUGUACGGGUUCGAGGAGUACUGCCGGUCCGCCUCCAUCACCUUCAGGACCAUCCACCACAACAACCCCCGCCCUCCCACCACACCAGCCAACCAGGCGACAGCAGGGGUGGAGCCCACAGAGCCCCCAACGCAACAUGUGAAGGCGGAGCCUGUUGACAACAAGAGGCAGGAGGCGGAGUCGGACAGUGCGAGUGAGAAGGAGGAGAAGGAGGAGAAGGAGGAGGAGAAGGAGGAGAAGGAGCUUCAGACGUCACCGAGGGGGAGGAGGAGGUGUGUGGGCACUCCGCUGAAAGCAGAGACCGAGUCGUCCUCCAGGCCUGAGAGAAGAGGAGAGACCAGCGAGGAGCAGAGGGAGGUGAGGAGACGCAGCCACAGAAGAAUGGACGACUUUGAGAAAGGCUCUGAGGACGAGGAUGAGGACGAUGAAGAUGAGGACGAGGAUGAGCUGGAGAGGAGGAGAGGAGCCAGGAGUGAGGAUGAUGAGGAUGGAGACUCUGUGACGGGGACGAAGGUCAGGGUGAAGUACGGCAGAGGAAAAACUCAGAAAAUCUACGAAGCUCACAUCAAGAAGACGGACCUGGACAACGGAGAGCCGGUCUACCUGGUUCACUACUACGGCUGGAACGUGAGGUACGAUGAGUGGGUGAAGGCCGACAGGAUCAUCUGGCCCGUGGAGAAAGGAACGAAGAAGAGACAGAGGAAGAAGGUGAAGCAGAACAAAGACGAGCUGGAGAGGGAUGAAGAGAAGUCCGCGGGGAAGCCACCGGGGGGGAAGCGAGGUCGUCCUCAGAUGAGAACCAGUCCCCCGGGCUCAGCCGGGCGCAGCGUGUCCAAGACGCCGAGCUGCGAGGGCCGGUCCAACGGGAAGAGCCGGACCGAGACGUCCUCCAGCCUGGCCAACGGAGACGGAACUCCUCGCAGGAGAACCAGGAGAACGUCGGGCAUGUCCGACUCGGACCGAGCGUCCAUCGAGGAUUCUGGGAACUCUUCAGACGACAGCGAAUCAGAAGACCUGCCUGAUAAACAGCCAUCGCCUUGGCGAGGGAGAACUGAGGCGCCGCCCUGCCAGGAGGAGGAGCAUCAGGAGGAGGAGGAGCAUGAGGAGGAGCAACAGGAGGAGGAGGAAACGAGUGAGGUCACUAACAUCCCAAUGCCUACUUAUGACGAUGACACUGUCACCAUGGAAACAGCAAGUCAUUCCCCUGCCGCAGCUUGUCCCAGCACGUCUGGGAAAGUGCUGAGCCAAUCAGAGGAGGAGGAGGAGGAGGCAGCAGCAGUGCAGGGGGAGGAGCCGACAGUGCAGGGGGAGGAGCCUCCAGUUGAGGUCACCAUGAUGCCGGUUCCCCUGGACAACGAGAACAAAACGUUGUCGGUGCAGAAAACGUCUCCUGGACAGGAAGUGGUCAUCAAGUCCUCUCCCGACAGGAUGUCCCCUCCCCCUGACAAGAACCAAGCGUCUCCUGAGAAGCAGUUGUCCCCCCCACCUGCUGCAGAGGAGGGGGACAGGUGCACUCCUCUGUCCUCCCCCAGGGUCAAAGGCCGGCGGGCCAACCUUAAAGAGACGGGCUCUGAAACUCCUCCCAGAAUCCCCCUCUGCACUCCCAGCCCCGCCCUCAGUCCCUCCCACAAUGCAGAACUCGCUUCUCCUCCUCGAAGCGUCCUAAAGAGACAGGACGAGCCCAUGGUGGUCCUCCAUUGUCUCCCCCCUGAGUCCCCCACCAUGGACUCUGACACUGACUCUGCCACUGAGGAGGAGGAGGAGGAGGAGGAGGAGGAGGCUUUACCUGAGGAGAGGAGCAGCUCGGCACUUAAACGUAAAGCAGCAGAGCAGAGAGGAGCUGAGAAGAAGCUCCGCCCAGACAGGAAGCAGGAGGAGGCCGCCUCCCCCAAAACCCCCGCCCCCGCAUCCAAGGUGGCGUCCGGAGCUUCACCCAAAACCGCCUCCUCCCCGCUCCGCCAAGAGAGGAGGAGUGAGGGGGUGAUGAAAACAGAGGAAUCACCCUGUCCCAGAGAGGAGACACAGAAGGAGGUACAAGCCAUGAAGGAGCAAGAGAUGCAUGCUGGGACACCUCCCCUUGCUCCAGAGGCUCUGGGUCCCUCCCCCGCUGAGGAGCUGGAGCCACAGAUCGGUCCUGAGGCGCUCGUCUGCCACGAGGUGGACCUGGACGACCCCGACGACAAGGAGAAGCCCGUCUCCUCCCCAGAGCACCUCCUCCUGAUGAUAAGGGAGCAGCAACAAGCUCCGCCCCUAAUGUCUCACCUCCACCAAGCUUCCCACCCUACCCCACACUCGCCUCACCUCCCCCAGCCCUUCCUCCCUGCCGCUGCUCCCAGCUCCACCCCCUCCUCCGAGGAGCUGCGCCCGACCAGGAGCGCCACAGAGGACGAUGGGGCAGGAGUGGGGGGGGAGCAGGAGGGCAACUCCAGUCCCGGGUUUGACGGCAGCAGCUCCUCCUCCACCUCCCUGCUGUCACUGCAGGAGAACAAGGACCGAGGGCAGAAGAGGGCGAUGGACUGUAACUCCAGCCCGUCGGCCAAGAAACCGAAACGCAACCAGAAACGACCGCACACGCCCGGGAAGGUGGAGAAGAACGGAGCCGGCCACAGCAGCGACAGCGAGGACCAGUCUCGACCGUCGUCUCUGUCCAAGCCUCAGAAGUCUCGGUGUCCUGGUUUGUCGUCUCCGUCUUCUCACAGCAAAGACAGACCCAGCUUCCCGUCCUCUCAGAGGUCCUACAAGUGGACGCUCCAGCUCGAUGAGCUGGACAACUUGUCGAGCACAGAGAGGAUCUCCUUCCUGCAGGACAAGCUGCAGGAGAUCCGAAAGUACUACAUGACCUUGAAGUCAGAGGUCGCCUCCAUCGACAGACGCAGGAAGAGGCUAAAAAAGAAGGAGAGAGAAGUGUCGAACACGACGCCGUCGACCUCCUCGGGCUCCUCCGACACGGGGAUGAGUCCGUCCUCGGCCUCGCCCAAUCAGAACACCGUUGCUGUGGAGUGCAGGUGAUGACACGCCCACUCAAGCUCCACCCAUCCACCGUAUUCCCAUUUUCCUCGUCCUCACCGACUGCAGCCACAGACUCCGCCCACUCAGAGGACAUGAUGGGUGAAGUAAGGUUCAGAACCUCCAGGUGAGAGCUCAUCGACUGCAGCAGUGGCUGAUGGGAACGCCGUCACUCCUGAAAAUAUGGUGGUGUGUGGGGGAGGGGCUUGACUUGACUUAGCCCCACCCCCACACCUAUGGACUUCCUGUUCAGAGACAAAUGCAUCAGAAAAAUCAGCUCGUCGUCUGUUAAGCCGCCACAGAGCACUUCUCUUUCCUCCCUCCCUCCCUCCCUCCCUCCUCCCUCAGUACCUCAGCCCAGCGUCUCUGACUUUCAGAAUAAUGUGACUGUUUUUUGGGGGGGGGUGGGGGGGUUGCUCCUACAGGUGGGAAGAGGAAACAGUUCAUAAUGCAAUUUCUUUUUUUUAAACGGAAGAUAUUAUUUAUUUAAAACAAAAACGACUUUCCCAACUUCCUGCUGAGUGUUUUUGAUCUUUUUGUAUGAAAUCAGAUUUUAUUUUGGUAAAAACAGACAAACAAAAAAUUCACAAAGUCCUGGAGGUCACAGCGAGAGAGCGUCGUGUUUCCUGGAGGACCUUUACUGCACCGGGGAAACACAGGAAACGGUAUAAAAAAAAGAUUAUCCACAUUUGAUGUUUCAAAUGUAACAAGAGAUUUUUUUUUAAAGGAAUUUUGAGCCAGAAUGUUUGUUUAAUUUCAUCACUUUGAUUUGAAAAGUGUAAUUAUUGAUUAUCUACUUUCUUUUCAUUUAUCAUAUUUGUGCUUAAGAGUUUAAAUCUCAAGUUUCUGAUUUUUAAAGUCAUAAUCUGAUCAGUUUAAUUUGAAGUCUCUUAAUUCUGACUCAAUUAUUUAUUUUGACUAUUUCAUCGUUGUUUAAUAAAUUAAAUUAAUUAAAAACACAAUUGGUACUUUUUGGUCAAAAUUUGACUAAAUUCCGAUUUGCAAUCUUGUAAUGGUUUUAUUUUGGUUUAAAAAGUCAUUUCAAAUUACCGUCUAAUUUGGAUUUAAAUAUUUUUAAUUUGGUCUUUUAAUAAGUUCAUUUAUAAAAUUAGACUCAAGUGGUUUUUAGUGAGUCAUUAUAAAUUUGGAUUUAACCUCACAAUGGUUUAAUGACCAUUUUUCCUCUGACUGAAAUUAAUCUUCUGUACGUCGGAGGUCUGAGCUCAGUACUGACGCUGCUCCCCCCCCCCCGCUCUUCCUCUGUGCGUCAGGCUCGAACCGACGGCUGAUUCCUGCUCCUGAACAUUUUGUUGUUUUGUACAUAAAAAGCUCUGAGUAAAGAAAAGAAUAAAACCACAUGUAUUUGAGAACGUUUUACACGCCUGUAAAGAAUGAUUUAUAGUAUUUUUUAAGAGACGACUCUUUGUACUGUUGUUUUAUGAACUCCUCAGUUUUUGGGUGUUUUGCUAGCGGCGGGUUUCGAGAGCGACGACUGUAAAUACAGAAACACACACUUCCUCCUGAGAACAGAAGCUAAGCCAUGUUGGACUGUGUGCACAAUAAACAGAGCUCUCUGUUUCUAAUAAAGUUUUUAAAUAUGUUUCCACUCGA